UCGAAAGGGUGGCGGCAUGGAGGAGCCCUCGCUGGAGGCUCUCAUGCAGGCGGGCCUCAUCUUCGUGGUCGGUGUUGCCAUCAUCCUCUCGAAUCUCCUCAUCAUCGCCACCUAUCUCAAUUUCCGUGGUCCCUCCGAGGUGAUAAACUACUAUUUGCUGUCUCUCGCGUCGGCGGACCUUCUUUGUGGUCUGCUGGUGGUUCCACUGUCGGUGUAUCCGGCUCUAGUACGAAGAUGGGUCUAUGGGGACAUCGUGUGUCGUCUCGUCGGUUACUUGGAGGUUACCCUUUGGGCGGUAUCUGUUUACACCUUCAUGUGGAUCUCUGUGGAUCGCUAUUUGGCCAUCAGAAAACCAUUGCGAUACGAGACCGUGCAAACGAAAACCCGAUGCCAAUGUUGGAUGGUGUUUACGUGGAUCAGCGUGGCGAUGAUGUGCUGCCCGCCCUUGCUAGGUUUCCAAAAGCCGAUCUUCGAUCGCGAGGCGUUCAUCUGCAUGCUCGAUUGGGGCAACAUGGCCGCGUACACCAUCACGCUGUCGAUCCUCGUGCUAGGCCCAUCGGUCAUCACAAUCAUCUAUACCUACAGCUACAUCUUCACGAUGAUGAGACGUCUGCGAUCCGGCGUACUGAUUCACGACAAGGAGUACGCGACCGCGUUAUCGGAGAACUUGAGCAAUCCGAGUCACAUCAUGUCCUUUGUCCUAGUGAUGACUUUCUGGAUGUCCUGGGCGCCGUAUGCCGGUCUACGGAUAUACGCUGUCGUUAACGGACCACCUCAGGUACCGUUUCUGCACUUUGCGGUGGUGUGGUUAGGGAUAACGAACAGUUUUUGGAAAGCGGUGGUCCUGGGAACCCUGAGCCCCCAAUUUCGUCUGGCAGCCCGUGUCCUAUGUCUGACGCUGUGCUGCCGGCACAGACGACUUCCGCCGGAGCUGCUCGGCCUCGACGAUGACGAUUAAAAAGCCAAAACGCCUACGAGAAGAAGACGGAGACGAUUUUCUUUGCGCGCGACCCCUUCUAUACGCGCCUCAUUCCUAGAGCAUCGCUUUUCGUAUCCUCGGUUCGAGGUCGUUCUCGCAUCCGCCGCCACCCUUCCUCUCGGAGUCUUCUUCGAGGACCGGGACCGAGACUGAGAUUCUUAAUUCCGAAAGGCGCUACGACGAGCACCGGCGAGGAACGGUGAGAAUUUUUGAAGGGAAACGAAUAAAUGAAAGAAAACGUAGCGCCGUACGAAUUGACUCAGAAGAUUAUCCUUUUCCGACUAGUCGCCGUUUUACGCGAUGAAUAAAGGUGUUUCUUUUUCUGAUUUUUUUUUUUUUUUUUUUUCAAAAAGCGACGGGAGACGAAUUCCUAGCCGAGCGAGACCGAUCGGCCGAGUACAAUAAAAGUAUUCUCCUAAAUCAACGAGCAAUCGAACGCCACGAUAAUAAACCGAAACUUCGAAGACUAAGAUUUUUGCGAAGAUCAUCCUCGAUUCUACUUCCAGGCGAGUUCGAGCGUGUGUAUUAUCUCGCGACCUGUCGCGCGUAAUCAACAAAGCUUGGACAAAACCAGGAGAGGAAGAACGAAGAUUAAAAAAGACAUACACAUAGAUAAUGACGUACCUGAUCGAGGCACGUCGUCCGCUUCUUUAAACGUAUUCGAAUCACCUAAACGCGUAAGUGUAAGAGCAUUCCUUUUUCUAUACGAUUUCAAUUUAACUAUAGUCGAUUAUUAUCUUACACGUGUCUACCGCAGUCUAUUAUUAUCAAACGCGUACGAAAUGUGAACGGACGAAAUAAGAGAGAAUCGAAGCUCAGUCUUGAAAGCGAUCGAAGAAAGUAAACGAUUCUCGCGAUGAGAAUAAGGUGAAUCGAAAAAUCGGAAUCAUGACAAAGCUCUGUAUUUUUCAUUUCUUCUUCUUAUUCUUCUCCUUUUUUUUUGCUUUUUCCUCUUCGUCAAAUAAUACUGAACGCUCUCGAGGAUCUCACUGAAACCAUAGGGAUGGUUCCUAGGUGGUUCAUCUCUGUCUCCUCAAUUUUACGAGAGCGUACACGAAACUAAUCGUUGCCUAUAUAAUAUCUACGUGGUAAGAUCACGCUCAAAUAAGUAUCGUAGCGAGUCGCGUACGGAAACGAGCGGUUCAUUGUACAAUAGCUCGGUUCCGGUACGAACAGAGGGUUUCGUUCUAGCAAUCGAACGAGAAGGAAAGCUGACACCUGAGCUUGAAACACAAAACAACACAAGAGAACACUAGGUCAAUUAACGGAGAUGCCUCUACGAGAUGCGACGCCGCGUCGAUCUGCGCGCCCGUAGAUCGCCCAUGCGAACGAUCAUGGAUAAGGGGAUCCGAUCGCGAUCGUUCUACGCUUUUUUUAACGCGCUUCCUUCUCUAUGCCGACGCGAUCGAUCCCUUCUCCUCUCUCUUUCUCUUUCGCUUCUCUUUAAAUAAAUAAAGUUUUCAUUCGAAAGAAAUUUGAAUUCAGAAACGUGUUUUUCUUAUGCUUGAAAGUUGAAAAGUAGCAUUUUAAAUCUCAUAAAUGAUAAUAUAUAAAAAGAAAAACAAUGAUACCAGAUUUUAUCCCAACUUUUCUUCAGAACGAUUUCUUAAACUUUCAACAAUAUCGAGCCACGAUAUUGUAUCUUAAAAAAGAGCCAACAAAAGCGGUGGCUCGGUGAAUCGAUCGGAAGUCCAACAAAGAAACGAAAUCAUAAUAAAAGUAACUUCGUGAACGUUUAAUCGAUGCCGCUGGUAUUUCAUAAAUUUCGAUGAAACUCGCGGUGAAAAAAAUUUAAUUUAAAAUUCGCUCCAACUUCUUAUUCAAACGAAGUUCAGUCGACAAGAAACACAGCGGGGAAAAAAGUUGGCGAAAACCGUUUCCCGUGGGAGGAGAGAAAGCAGAGCUAUAAAUAAAACGCUUGGUACGUUUAUAACCAGCCAUUCUAUAGAGUAUAGAGAAACGAACUGUUCGCGUAGCGCAGUUACGAGUACUGCGUACAGAUCUGCAGCUUUUAUGUAACUCGCUCGGAGUCGGCUUAUUUUAAUGGUCACGUUUCUAUGGCGUGAAUAUUUGUACAGUUGUUGUACAGCAUCGAGAAAAACAGGCUCCCCGAGGGAAAAUGGUGAUAUUUUAAUGGUGACGUUUUUGUGGCGUGAAUAUUUGUACAGUUGUUGUACAGUAUCGAGGAAAAGAGACUUCCCGAGAGAAAAUAGCGAUAUAGGGGAAGCAAGAAUUCCCAAAACCCUAAUUUUGACGAUAUUAAUAUUAAAAGAGACACUCUGUAUAUGGGACCUCCUCCUUUACGUCAUUUUCCUCGGGACCAGUGGUGGGAACGAAUAGGAGAAGUCUACGAGGAGAACCCGGUAACCCGUGGGUGCCUUUGAGGAAGGGGACAUCGCCAUUUUCCCUGAAAAAGCGUACCAUGCUCGAUGCUGUUCACUGUACAUAAUGUUUCAUAAUCGCUGCACUGAAAAACGAUCGCUGAAAAACUAUGUACGAUCACUGUUGUUGCAUAAUGAAUAACGCUUUUAGUUUUCAAGCGAUACCUUGAUAAAAAUUUUAUGCCUUCUUAGUUAUUACUCAUAUUUAUAAGGUCAAUGGAAAGGAAGGAAAGAGAAAGAGGGAGAAGGAAAAGCAUGGGAAAAAUUGUUCCCGCUACGCUGGAAAGCGACGCUCACGCGAACACGUGGGCAUAUCCUGAGAUUUCUUUCUUGGAUGGUGAACGUUAAACCCUUUAAAGAGAAAUCCAUACGCAAAAUCGGUGUCUAGAAACUCUCAGCUUCUACUCUAUUUUUUACUCUAGACUUCGUGUUUUACUAAACUGUAAGGCUCUUCUGAUAAAUACAAUUCGUAUGUGGUCGAAUCCCGCGUGUGCGGGUGGGAUUACCAAUUAGAUGCGCGACGCUAAUUAAUCGUGCCAUUUUGAUAUACCAUGGUGUAUAAGUUAAAGGUGUCAAAGUGCCCGGAGGUGCUCUGCUGACGCGUCGAACGUUCUCUCGAUAUUCUCUCAAACGCAAUCAGACGAGAAUCAAACAAUCAAUGAGGAAUCAAUCAAACAGUAACUCGAGGAACGAUUAUCUUCUGAAAGCUGAGUGCGUUUGAAAUAACGUGGGAACGGUUCGACGAUGUUCUCUGAUGUUACGAUGUCUUAAUUAUAUAGAACUGAAUCAAAGAGAACUUUUGACUAUGUUAUAGUUUAAAAUCGUUAGCUAUGUAAAAGAAGAAAAACCAAAAAAAAAAACCAAAAAAAAACCAAAAAUAAAGCACCCCGGCUAAAAAAAAAUGAGACGCAAAGAAGCUAUUCGGAUUUCUACGUUGAACCGACCGCUUCGUGUUCGACGAUUGUUCGACAAAGUUUAAUGAUUGUUGCCACGUGUACCGCGUUAAUUGUUUACCACGGUGGAGCAGCAUUGUCAUGUGAGUUAUUUAUCAGUUCGACGAGUCACGGUAUCGUUAUUUUGCUGUUCCGAAAAACAUCGAUGAAUUGUUUAUUCCACCGAGAAAUCAACGUAACGAAUCGUCAACAGCCCGCGACAACGAACAUUUUUCUAAUCGAACCUGCUUCGAUGUCUCGACGAAUUUAUACUCGAAACGAUCCCUCACUCACUGAUUUAAUCAAUAAGAAAUGUAUCCACGUGUGAAUGUAAUAUGCAGGUAUAUUGAAUCUGGAGGAAGAAUGGAUACGUGGUUAUUUAUGGAUCAUUUUUUAUUUGGGACACUGUUACUUGAUUUUGUUAAGGAUUAUUAUUAUUUUAUGCACUAUGUUGGAAUGUUAGAAUGUUUAAUUUAAACUGUGGCUGUUCAGGUAUUUAUUAACACUAAAACAACCGGUGCUGGAUGCAUAUUAGAUUCAAUGAUUUAAAUAAGAAACACUUUAAUACCCAUUUUUUUUCAUUAUUGAGUGCCGUUCAAUUAU